AUCAAAAUAUAAUAGCCAUUAUAUUUGUUUUUCUUCUUCUUUUCAAAAUAUAUCAACCUGUAUUCAUACACCCGUGUUACUAUACAAGUUUACCCGUACUACAUUGACGGACUGUGAACGAUUAGAAAAUAUAUAACAGAAAUAGUAGGGCGCAAUUAAUUAAGUGUUUACUUCAAGGAAUUAGGACUGUCAAAGAUGGCGAUCGGUGUGGAAAUCGACCAGCUGUUCCUCAUUUUUAUGGGGAUGAUCAUUUUUUUCAUGCAGUGUGGUUUUGCAUUCCUUGAAGCUGGAGCAGUAAGAAGCAAAAACGUUACCAACAUUCUCAUCAAAAAUGUGUUCGACUCUUUUGUUUCAGGGGUUGCUUAUUGGAUCAUAGGAUACGCGUUUGCUUUCGGAGAUGGAAACGAUUUCAUUGGUCAUAAGUAUUUUGCGUCAUAUGAACUGCCCGAAACACAGUAUGCAGCGUUCUUCUUCCAGUACACUUUUGCUGCCACCGCGGCCACAAUUGUGUCUGGAGCUGUGGCAGAGAGAUGCGAAUUCCUGGCAUACUUCGUUUACAGUUUCUUCAUCACAGGCUUUAUAUACCCCGUGGUGACGCAUUGGGUGUGGGGUGGAGGAUUCCUCGCCAAAGGCAAAGAUUAUGGUGGGGAUAUCGGUCAGAUUGCUUAUCAGGAUUUUGCCGGAAGUGGAGUCGUGCAUUGCUUAGGGGGCACUGCAGCUUUCGUAGGUGCGUUGUUACUAGGUCCCAGGAUCGGACGCUUCCACAAGGAAACAAAAACAGUGAUACAAAUAAGAGGGCAUUCAGUACCGAUUGCCGCUUUGGGUGGUUUCAUCCUAUUUUUCGGAUUUCUUGCUUUCAACGGCGGAUCGCAGACGAGUAUUUCAAAUCCUGGUGACGGGGCCGCCAUCAGUUUGUCAGUGGUGAACACAAUAAUUUCAGCGUCAUUUGCCGCCUUCUCUUCCCUCAUCAUCAACAGAUCUCCUUUGUUUGGAAACAGAAGUUGGAGUCUUCUUAUCACCAUCAACGGGGCCCUCACUGGGAUGGUUGCUGCCUGCGCAGGAUGUAACGUCAUGUACACAUACGGCGCAUGUGCAAUAGGUUGCAUUUCCGGUAUAUCCUUCCAUUUGUGGUCAUGGAUUGUGAGGUCUUUAAAGAUUGAUGACCCUCUUGAUGCUGUUGCUGUACAUUUUGGUGGCGGGUCGUGGGGAGUUAUUGCCCUUGCUUUUUUCCAUAAAGAGGAUGGAAUAUUUUACAAUUGGGACAAGCGUUCGGGAAUGUUUUUCGCUUGGCAGUUGGCAGGUCUGGCGGCAAUCACUGCCUGGGCUGCAGUCAUGAGUCUUAUUGUGUUUGGAAUUCUGCGAUUACUUAAGGUUCUGAGGGUACCCGAGGACAUAGAACACCGAGGGUUGGAUAUACCGAAGCAUAAUGAGCCGGCUUAUCCAGUAGAGGCUUACGGACACGGUCAUAUCGAAAACAUUCUUCAGAUCUUUGACAAGAGCGGACCAGUUAAAGUUACACAAGCUUUCGAGAAAAUGAAUGGUAACGUAAAUUCUGGAUACGAAGAGGUGGCAGAUCAAGGUCCAUAUGAAAGCCCGGAAGUUAAAAGGCAAAUUCAUCAACUGGAGCAAAAUGGAGGAGCACCUUCCGCAAAUUACGUACCCGAGAGGGCACAUGUACAAGAAAGACGUGUGCCUGUUCAACCGGCUCAACCUAUGCAAAUCCAGGAACCUGUUUACUUUCAAGAGCCUGUCCCUCGGGGUUAUGUCCAACAGCCUAGAUACUACAGCGGUAAUCAGCAACCAUACUAUGUGGUCCAGCCUAUACCGCGGGAAUCAUUUAGAUAUCAUUAGGUGAUCAAUGACCAUCGUUGUAACAAUUGUCUACACUGAUAUUUUAUAUAUUACAUAUCUUUUCAGAACAAAAAUAUCAGAAAAUUGAUAUCAGAAGCUACAUUGUUUUGGAAUAGAAACACAAUGCGAAUAAUGAUUUUGAAAAUUUAUUAUUUCUCCACAACUUGUUUUUUUACAUUUUUGAUAUAUAGUUUAUCCAUAUCUGUAAGAUGUAUCCUAUACUCAUGUAAUAAAGUUACGUAACAUGUU